UGUGUGUAUGUGUGUGGGGGUGUGCGCGCGCGCGCGUGUGUGUGCGUGCUUGUGUGUGUAUGCGUGCGUGUGAGUGCGCGCGAGUGUGUGGACAAGGAGGUGGGGGCAGCCGAGUUAGAGUCCCAACUCCUUGGACUCCAUUUGCUAUUCUCUUCUUUCUCCCCCACACCUAUCUGGAGGUGGUGGGCGUUUAUAUUUGCUUUUCUUUUCAUUCAUUUUCAGAUCUUUUAAAAUUUAAGGGUUGGGGUGGUGGGAAAGGCAGGAAAAGGUAAGGGAAGGGAGUAGUAGCAGAAGAGCAGGAGGAGGACAUGGAGAUGAAGAAGAGGAUUAACCUGGAGUUAAGGAACAGAGCCCCGGAGGAGACAGACUUGUAAGAUGGAUUGUAUUCUAGAAUCCAAAUUAGCAAACGGAGUCCCAGAGCAGUGAAGUUCUUUACUCAAGUGGAAGAACUGGUUUUCUGACACCAAAUCUGCUGGCCCUCUCUCCUCCAUUCACCUGGACUAGGAAUCAGAAAAUUUAGAGUGGAAGCACAGCUCUGUCAUACUAAGUGACAGAGUUAGUCCUUGAUAAUUGCCUUUGUGUCAAUGGGGAAAUUGAAGGUCUGAAUGAUACUUUUAAAAAACUAGAGUUUCUGAGUAUGGCUAAUGUGGAACUAAGUUCACUGGCCCGGUUGCCCAGCUUAAAUAAACUUCGAAAGUUGGAACUUAGUGACAAUAUAAUUUCUGGAGGUUUGGAAGUCCUGGCAGAGAAAUGUCCUAAUCUUACCUACCUCAAUCUGAGUGGAAACAAAAUCAAAGAUCUCAGUACAGUAGAAGCUUUGCAAAAUCUUAAAAAUUUGAAAAGUCUCGACUUGUUUAACUGUGAGAUCACAAAUCUGGAAGAUUACAGAGAAAGUAUUUUUGAGCUGCUGCAGCAAAUCACCUACUUAGAUGGAUUUGAUCAGGAGGAUAAUGAAGCUCCAGACUCAGAAGAGGAGGAUGAAGAUGGAGAUGAAGAUGAUGAAGAGGAAGAGGAAGAUGAAGCUGGUCCACCUGAAGAAUAUGAAGAAGAGGAGGAGGAAGAGGAUGAGGAUGAGGAUGAGGAUGAAGAUGAAGCAGGCUCAGAGCUGGGAGAGGGAGAAGAGGAAGUGGGCCUCUCAUACUUAAUGAAAGAAGAAAUCCAGGUGAAUGGGAACUUUUUAUGUGUGCUGAAAAUUAAUUAUUUAGGCAUAGGGCCAAGUACUAUAAAUAGUGAGUUGUGUAGAAGUCUGAAGGUUGUUCCUAACAUGUGGGUCUGAGUGUAUCUGUCUUGCCUGUCAUUUUUCCCACUGUCCCCCAGCUCAGACCGUAUCCAGAUAAUCCUAAACGCAUAUUGAUUUUACUGCCCAGAUACCUUUCAAAUCCAUUCUGCCCAGAAUUCAAAGUGUGGUGGGAACAUUUUACAAAAGUUUCGGACCCUCAGCUUCCUUCUUUGUAAAACAAAGAUUGUAUCAACCUAUUAGGCUUCUUUGAAGGAUUUAACAAGAUAAUAUAUGUCAAGUGUCUAGUCACUGGCACAUUGUAGGCACUCGGGAAAACUUUCGUUGCCCUGAUGAUUUCUUGCUUACAGUUUUGUAGUAGCUUUCCAAAUGGCCUGUCUGAAUACAGUGUCACCACUUAAGUGUCUCUUGCAUGUUUCAGUUUGUGCCUGCCUAGCCUGAAUGCAGAUGUGAUGGUAUCACUUUAAUGUUGAAACACUUUAAUGUUUCCCUGUUGCCACCCAGGUGUACAAGGCCCAUCAUUAUCUGGCCCCUGCUUCCUUCUCCAGCCUCUUCUCCCUCAAUACCAAAUUUAAUUGUCAUACUAGGCUGCUUCUUGCCUUUCUGUCUGUAGAUACAUUGUUUGCUCUUAUCUGAAAUGACUUUCUACCCAUGCUUUCUGAUCAACUUUGUUUUCUUUUUUACGAAGGUAAACAUAAGUAUAGUUGAAACCAGGAAAGUGCACUGAUUUUAUGUACACAUUAGUGACAUUUUACUUACGUAUAUACUAGAGAGAGAGUACGCUUUGUGCGUGCUUUGUGAGCUCUUUAAAAAC